AUUAAGGCCCAUUUUGCAAAACCAGUAUAUCCAGGACAAACUCUAUUAACAGAAAUGUGGAAGGAAGGAAAUAGAAUUCACUUUCAGAACAAGGUCCAAGAAACUGGAGACAUUGUCCUUUCAAAUGCAUAUGUGGAUCUUGUACCAAUAUCUGAUGAUCUCUCAGCUAAGGUAUCUUCUAAGGAUGGAGCACUUCAGAGCACCCUUGUUUUUGAGGAAAUAGGUCAUCGCAUCAAAGAUGUUGGAAAGGAACUAGUGAAGAAGGUGAAUGCUGUAUUCAAAUGGAACCUCACUAAACAUGGAGAAACUGCAGCACAAUGGACUAUUGACCUAAAAAAUGGCUCUGGAGAAUUAUACCAAGGCCCAGCAAGGGGUUCUGCUGACACAGUCUUUACUCUUUCAGAUGAAGACUUCUUGGGGGUUGUUCUGGGCAAGCUUAACCCCCAAAAGGCCUUCUUUAGCAGCAAACUUCAGGUCAAAGGCAACAUCAUGCUGAGCCAGAAGCUAGAGCUGAUUCUUAAAGAUUAUGCGAAGCUUUGA